UGGAUCGACACAAAGUGCUGUCAAGAUUAUCGGAUAAUGCAUUGUUUGGGUUGACGUGGGAAAGAUAAAGAUGCUUGCUUAGCUUUUGAUUUUGAAAGGGUUUUACAUUCUGGAUCGUAGAAACAGGGACGACGAUACACAACCCAAAACAUGAAGAUCAUGGUGGCUAUAAAACGAGUAGUUGACUACGCCGUCAAAAUCCGAAUCAAAUCCGACAAGACCGGAGUCGAGACGACCAACGUGAAGAUGUCGAUGAACCCUUUUUGCGAAAUUGCUCUUGAAGAAGCACUUAAAAUCAAGGAGUCUGGAUUUGCUUCGGAGGUGAUUGCGGUCAGUAUGGGUCCAGCUCAGUGCGUCGACACUCUCCGCACCGGUCUAGCCAUGGGUGCGGACCGUGCGAUUCACGUCGAUGCACCAGCUACACUAUUCCCACUUUCGGUUGCUAAGCUUCUUAAAGCACUUGUUGAGGUUGAAAAGCCUGGACUUCUGAUUCUUGGCAAACAGGCAAUUGAUGAUGAUUGCAAUCAGACAGGGCAGAUGGUAGCUGGGCUUCUAAACUGGCCUCAAGGGACCUUUGCUUCCAAGGUGGUUCUCGACAAAGAGAAGAACGUAGCAACAGUUGAUAGAGAGGUGGAUGGUGGGCUUGAAACGUUGUGCUUGGACUUGCCAGCGGUUCUCACGGCGGAUUUAAGGUUGAACCAACCGAGAUAUGCAACGCUCCCGAACAUAAUGAAGGCGAAAUCGAAGGCGAUAAAGAAAAUGACAGCAGAGGAAUUGAAGGUAGAAAUGAGGUCUGAUAUGGAGGUUGUUCAAGUGAUAGAGCCCCCAAAGAGAAAGGCAGGGGUUAUUGUUUCUUCCGUGGAUGAAUUGGUAGACAAGCUUAUGAAUGAAGCCCAUGUAAUCUAAACGCAUUAUGUAUUAUCUUUUCUCAUAAUCAUGCUUCGAUUCUUCUUCAAAAUAUAUACUUAUAAUAAAUAAGUAAUUCGGGUGA